AUACUGGCAACUGACAUUGAGUGCUUGCUUACACGUCAAACGAUUUGCUGGGUUUUAUUAAAAAAUGUUCAUUAUUUAUCGCUAAAAGUGAUUGAAUAAAUAACUUGGAAGUGAAGAUAAUAAAAAUAAAAACAUUGGGAACAUUUGAUGUGCACACACAAUUCGAAAUCAUUCCUUAGACGUAACAACUAAUGCAUUAAAAUAGGCUAAGCUUAUCAGAAAAUGGGUGGUCUAUUCAGUUACUUCAGAGGUUUGUUAGGGGCGCGAGAAAUGAGGAUUUUGAUCCUUGGUUUGGACGGUGCCGGGAAGACGACGAUAUUGUACAAACUGCAAGUUGGGGAGGUGGUGACGACCAUACCUACCAUCGGCUUUAACGUAGAACAAGUCACAUAUAAGAACUUAAAGUUUCAAGUGUGGGAUCUGGGUGGACAGACAAGUAUCAGGCCCUACUGGCGAUGUUAUUAUGGGAACACGGAUGCAAUAAUAUAUGUAGUAGACUCUGCAGAUAGAGAUCGAAUAGGAAUAUCUAAAGAUGAAUUGGUACACAUGUUGAGGGAGGAGGAACUAGCCAAUGCAAUACUAGUAGUCCUGGCGAACAAGCAGGACAUGGCAGGUUGCCUGACAGUGGCAGAGGUGCACCAGGCACUAGGUCUCGACGCGCUACGUGACCGCACUUUCCAGAUCUUCAAGACUUCUGCUGUUCGCGGAGAGGGACUCGACCAGGCGAUGGACUGGCUCUCCAAUGCACUGCAGGCUCGGAAAUAACACCUAUAGGAUGCAUAUAACUGAAGAGGCCACGUGAUACAAGGAGGCUUGACGUGUGCGUGCGCGAUGGACAGACAAACCAUAGUCACAUGUAACGCCAUUAGUUUUAGCAUUCUACGUCGUCGCCGGUACACAUUCGCACAUUGGCCAGUCGGACGGAACAUUAUCAAGCUUUGUGGCAAAUAAACCAACAUUAUUGGUGAUGUACUCUAUUAUUUAGUAUUAUUUGAAUUGGUCAAAUUAGAGUUUAAUUUUAAACAUCAAUGUACUUCAAUUUAUUAUUACUACAAGAUUCAAUUCACGACUAAAUGUGAUUUUACUGUAACUGACAAACAUGUAACAUCUUAGAAAUAAAACUAGUAUAUGAAUUCAAGGAACGGUCUGUAUCAUCUUUAUGGUGGUCGCCUAGUAACAUUUUGUUUUAGUGCGACACACGUAUUAAAUGGUAUCAACACCAAUCAUGCAUCCAAUGCAAUCUGCGACUAACGCAACAAAGCAUAUCAAGGAAAGAUACAGUCGGGUUCCGAUACACACUAGGCCUCCUGCUAAAUUGUAGCAUUGUCUAAGCAAGCGUCCAUAGUCGACCACUGUAAUAGACGAAACAUAAUAUCUAACUAAUUUUACUAGUGGCUUUGCUCGCGACAGUUAGCCUAUGUUCUCGUUACUUCUAUCGUUAAGAAGUAACGAAACUUACUUUCGCAUUUAUAAUAUUAGUUAGAAUUUCAUAGUUAGAAAUUCAUACUCAAAUGAUUAUAUCAAUGUUAUUCUAUGUGGCUUGUCAUUACUUAAUACUAUACAAACAUGUGUUAGUUAUUUAUAUAUGAAUUUUCAACCGAGUCACAAGUAAAUUGCAUAAUAACAUGAUAGAUAACAUGGUGACACAUUAGUUUACACCUUUUGACCGCCAGAGUCAUGUAUAGGUGACAAAUUAAAAAGGGCCCAGCACGCUGCUGUCACGACUAUACGACAGACUUUAAGAGCUCUUACCCGCCGAGGCAACUACUGCAACAUGGUGUCGGCGGCAACCGCUGACGCGUCGACGGCAGCAGUCGCCCUCCAGCGACACUUGCAGUUUAGCAUUCUUCGAUGUUGAAAUUCCGACGGCUGUCGACGACGCGUCCACGGGUGCCGCCGACACACCGACGGCUGCAACUACCUCGGCCGUUGGCAAUAUGCUGCUCGUGACCUCUUAAACGAAAAUAAAUGACUGCAUGGUUGGUGCGGUGGCUGGCCAACCGGCUGCCGCGCAACAUGUCGCGGGUUCGAU